AUGGAUCAGCUUAGGUCUGAACUCGGCCAUCCGUUGCCGUCUAAUAUGACGUGGAUGGCAUGCCGUGGCUCAAAGCCGUAUUUGCGGGGAUAUACUUGUGGUUUGUGGACUAUGAUGCACGUCGUUACUGUUUUUGCACGGAAUUCGGAGCAAAAUAAUUGCCCAUUCAAAUUUUUGCUUGAUAUUACGCGACGCACUUCAGAUUCUGCGUUCAACGUUGUUACCGAAGUUGUCGAACCCAUUCAUCAGUUUAUUUGGCGGUUUUUGAGUUGUGAAAUUUGUGGCAAACAUUUCCAUACUUACUAUACGAAGACAGAUUUAAGUUCCCUCACAAAACCAGAACAUGGUAUACUGUGGUUGUGGAAGGCUCACAAUAUUGCCAAUAAAGUCUUAGCCAAACAACCUAGCGAAGACCCUGCAUUUCCAAAACAGCAGUUCCCUCCCCAGUCUAUUUGCCCGUCUUGUUGGUCAAAUGGUAAACUAGAUGAGGAGGAGACAUUGAACUUUUUGGUGUCAUAUUAUUCUAAUAUCAGGAGCGAUGGCGUACAAGUAUGUAUUUAUUGGUUAAAAAGUUUUACUUCAUUUAAACUUGAGGAAAGAUCUCUUUCACAAAUUUUUGAAUUUUGUAUAAUGCGAUACUUUACCAGGAGUACUAUGGACCAAUGCAGUAAAUUUUCUGGCGCUCUGAAAGUUUUAAUUCAAUCUGCACCAGGCUACGUGUUAACAGAGAUCAAGAAUGGUGAAGUUAUUGAUGAAGGUGCUAAGCGACUCAAUCCAAAAUUCGUUGUUGGGUUGGAAAAUGUUGAUCGCUUGGAGCAAAGUGAAAACAGGCGAAGGAGACAGCUUGAUGCAAGUCCUCAAAGAAGAUGGAAGGAUAUUGAUGGCUUGGAAUACGGAAGAUCUUAUGAUCCGUCAUCAAGCAUUCGAACAUUUUACUUGUUGUGGCUUGCUGUUGGUGUUGUAGCAGUAGUCGUCGUAUACAUGCAGUAUAGCCGGAACAGAUCCAAAUUCUGGAAGACCUUCUACUACUACAACGACUAUAAAUUGUGGCCACAGAUUAAUGCGAUGUGUUUCGUGGACGAAGAGCGGAAACGAUUAGAACGGGACGCCCAAUACUGA